AUGGCGGUCCUUGAAGUUUACGCUCAUCCGAUUUAUCAGCGAUAUAAAGCCAGUUUAUGGACGACCCCAGUAUUAUUCGUCAUUUUAAUAUUUGUCUUGACGUUUGUUGGGCCAUUUCUGAUAGUCUUCUGGAGUGAAGGUUUGUGGUUGAAUGAUGCCUUUUUCCGAGAGCAGCCUACUGUCCGGUUUAAGCAUGAGAUGCUUCUUCUCAUCGAUACCCAAGAUUCUGCCUCGUACUUAGCCUGGAGCACUUACCAAAACUUUAACCAACUCCAACAACAACACCUAAGAAUUCCCCUAGUCAAGACCAGAGAAGAAGAUACUAACCGUGACGGUAAAUCAGAUAUGCUUCACUUCUCCAUCUCUGUACCAGUCUUAGCAACAGAAGAAGUCUUAGGGAUGAAACUCAUCUUGAUCUUUGACUACAGAUUGUAUAGAUUUUCCAAACUGCAAAUGGAGACGAUGGCUUACAUUGAGCACGCAUCACCGUUUCAUGGGUCAGAGGUCACAAUGGAUGGAGAGUUGAGGUUAAGACUGAAGAUGCCUCUUUCCCACAGCGCAGUCGACACAAGAUAUGAUACUCCAGUCAUUGACGGUAAUAGCAUUUUUGCGUCUGAUUACCAACUGUCCAAAAUAUUCAGCAACUACAUUUCAAGAAAUGUGAGUACAUAUUUUGACUGUCGGUAUCCUGUCUGGCAGAGAGGUCAAAGUUCAUCUGAAUCAUUCCUGAUCAAAGGAACGGUGCGCUACCCUGAAGAGAUCAUUAUAUUCAUCCCAGGUUUCUUACAGGUACUCAAGUUUGCGUGGGUUCAGUAUCUAUCCGUCUUGCUCAUCUUCCUCUAUCUGGGCAGCAAAAUCAAGACAUUCUUCUUUCAGAAUCAAGUGAUGAGAACUAUUGUCGAGAGACCUUAUAUGGGAAAUAAGAACCACCUGAUGUGAUCUUCAGAAAGAAGAGCGUCCUCCCUUAUCUCUGGAUGUGGAUAAUAUAUUCGCAACGCUGUAAUUAGAGCCAAACGAGAAGAGAAGAUGAUGAAGAAAUUUCAGUUUGAGAUGUGGAAGGAAAACCCCCGGAGAAUGAUUCCAAGGAAAACCCAUGCAGUGAAGUAGGGACUGAAAGCUCAAUCCACAUAGUGCCCCCGGUGGGAGUCAAACCGGGGGCCCAGAGGUUGAAGGCGAGACACCACUACCCAACUUGACCACCUCUUAACAGUGGUCUGCAGGCCAAAUGCUGGUUAAAACACCUCAGGACCAGUCAGAAUUCUCUCCAAAGUGGUCCGGCUGGCUACAAAAUGUAGUUCAGUGUUGAAAAGUGCAUCCCUAUUUCAUUUGAAUAAUUGGCUAGCAGAAAAGCUGAUGGAGUAGCAAACCCUGAAAACUAUUGUGGCGAGAUCGGUAAUCCUUCUGUCAUCUAGGAACUAAUUUUGAAAUGCUUGUUAUGGAUGUGCUUUCCAUGUACUUGAGAGAUCUCCUUCAAAAAAUGAGAUCCUUGCUUUGAGAUUUGUAACUUCAUAGUGUGGUGUCCGUCCUUAGGUAGGUUGUACUGGAGUUGUGAGACUGCAAACCUGGAAUUUCAUAUGGAAAGGUUUGCAGUAACACCAUGUAAUGACUAUCUCUAGAAGCUUUCUUCAGAAGAUGAUCAG